AGCCCAGGAGGGGACGGCCCGGAGAAGCAACGCCGCGGAACCUGCGAGCGAGCUCGCCGAGAGGGAGCCCAGAGCCCGCAGAAGCAGCCGCUGCCGUCGCCGGGCUGGGUUUUUCUGUUCUGCUUUUCUCCUCCCUGAUUAUCUGCACACAGCCAUCAGCCCCCAAAGCAUGAUGACCACCAACGCCGGCCCCUUGCAUCCGUAUUGGCCUCGACACCUGAGGCUGGACAGCUUUGUACCUAAUGACCGUCCCACCUGGCAUAUCCUGGCUGGCCUCUUCUCCGUCUCUGGGGUCCUGGUUGUGAUCACGUGGCUGUUGUCGGCCCGUGCUGCCAUUGUCCCACUGGGGACUUGGCGGCGACUGUCCCUGUGCUGGUUUGCAGUGUGUGCGUUCAUUCACCUGGUGAUUGAGGGCUGGUUCAGUCUCUACCAUGAGGUCCUUCUUGGAGAUCAAGCCUUCUUAUCACAACUAUGGAAAGAAUAUGCCAAAGGAGACAGCCGAUAUAUCCUGGAUGACAACUUCACAGUGUGCAUGGAGACCAUCACAGCUUUCCUGUGGGGACCACUCAGCCUGUGGGUGGUGAUCGCCUUUCUCCGCCAGCACCCCCUCCGCUUUGUCCUCCAGCUCGUGCUGUCUGUGGGCCAGAUCUACGGGGAUGUGCUGUACUUCCUGACGGAGCAACGGGACGGAUUCCAGCAUGGGGAGCUGGGCCACCCCCUCUACUUCUGGUUUUACUUUGUCUUCAUGAAUGCCCUGUGGCUGGUGCUGCCCGGAGUCCUUGUGCUUGACGCUGUGAAGCAUCUUGCUCAUGCUCAGAGCACGCUGGACGCCAAAGCCACAACAGCCAAGAGCAAGCGGAACUAAUGAGCAGUGGCCUAGGGUGGAACUUGGGCUGGUGAGGCGCUCAGCAGAAGCAUCCUGCCCUGCUCCCACAGGUUGGAGGGCCAAAGCUAAUUAAUCUAUCACACUUGGGCUGAUGGAUGGGCACAGAAAUGGCCAGAGACAUGGAGGGUACAGGCUCUGUGGAGCUACUCCCAGGAGCCUUUGGAACAAAAGGUUAAAGAAAAGACAGAAAGGCCUGUGAUGGUAGCAAAUUUAAAAUCAGGAAAUAAACUAUCUUGACUCUAA